UGCCUCCUCAGUUCUGACUCUGCACCUCCUCAGCCGAGGAUAUAAAGAUGCUUGUUUCUGUUCCUUUGAGUCACCGCUGGUUUCACACCAUCACCUGUAACACAACUCAGCUGACAGCUCGUCACACUGUCCACGAUGUCGAACAUUGUUUUCUUUGACCUGGAGACCACUGGAUUAGAUCCAGGGUGUCAUAUCAUCCAGUUGUCAGCCGUCUGUGGAGAGAGAGAAUUUAACGCCUACAUCCUCCCCCGCCGCCCCAUCUCUCCAAAAGCCUCAGAGCUGACAGGCCUUACCCAGAGCAGAGGCACGCUGUAUCACCACGGGACUCCUGUGAAAACUGUCUUUCUUUAUGAUGCUCUCAAGGACUUCAUUGACUUUCUGAGCUCCUGCCGCCCCCGACGCUGCAAACGCCCGCACCGCCGCCCUGUUCUGCUGGCGGCCCACAAUGCAAAGGGGUUUGAUGCACCCAUACUCGCCAGAGUGCUGCGAAAGUGCUCCCUCUGGGAGGACUUCCAGCAGGUGGUGUCUGGGUUUGUGGACACCUUGCCGCUAAGCAGGAACCUCUACGAUCUGCACAGUUAUUCUCUGGAGUCUCUGGCUGAGCACUUCCUGUACAGAUACUAUGACGACCAUGAUGGAUUGGAGGAUGCUAAAAUAUUGAAGGAGCUGUUCGACUUUUGGGAUCCCGACAGAGAGGACGUCUGGGAAGUUACCUUCCCGACUAAUGAAUUUUAAAAAAGCUACAGGGGGAAAAAAAUUGGCCAUGAAAACAAAAUAUUUCAUUUAAAAAUUAACCUUUGCUUUGCUUUGUUGUUUGUUUUAUUCUCAUCAUGUACCCUUGUGAUAGGACACAAAUAAUGCAGGUUAGACCCCAAAUUCACAGAUUUGUAAUGUUCAUACUGAAUAAUUUGUAUUAUUUAGUUUCGUCUUAUGUUCUGUAACGAGUCAUACACACAAAAGUUGUUCUCUUGUCUUUGCUGUAAAUUGCAGCACAGUUUUCCCACAAUAACAAUUAAACUUCUUUGUGACUGUUCAACACAA